GUCCUUGCCAACAACCGCUCGAUUUCAACACUCGCACUCACACUCGUCCCUUGUCAACAGGCCCGGUUGGCAACUGUUGCUCUCCACCGAGACAUCCCCAUCGUGCAUACGACUCCAAGCUCACAUUUCUUCUGGCAGGUUGUGGGAUGUGUUUAGAGCGACCAUGGGCGACCAAACCGUUGCCGUCAAGCUUGUCAACUUUGACACAUUCUCCAAAACUCGUCAGCCCAUCAAGGAGGAAAGAGACGUCAGUGGUGAGAUGGGGGACAGAGACGUGGCAGAAUCAGAACGAGAUCCCGACCGAGAAGAAGAAGAAGGUUAUACCGCCCUCGAAGCUGAACGAGCCGUGUGGAACGAGAUAAACUUACUGCGAGGACCUCUGGUCCAUCUGCAGGGUAAUCAGAUCCCUCGUUUGUUCGGAGUGUGGGAUGCAGUGGGAACGAACGAUCGAUUAUGUCAUCCUGAGCGAGCGGCAGUCACCAUGGUCGUCAUGGGGUAUGCGGGGAUCGAAUCUCAUGUUCCUUUGGAGACGGUCAUAUCCAUCUAUUCAGCGCUUCACCGUUCAGGUACCCUUCAUGGAGAUGUGGCACGUCGUCACGUUCUCGUCGAUCCACUCGGACUCGCAAGACUGAUCGACUUUGAUUGUUCGAGAAAAGGUGCACGGUCGGAAUUGGAGGCAGAGAUCAACUUGGUCAAAGACGUGUUUGGAUGAUUGAUGAAAGAUUUGUUCAUGCAUUCCCAUCGGUCG